GACCGUAACCUGCCCGUGCCGACGAGGAGGAUCACGGUGGAUGAGCUCGUCAAGGUCGUUCACGGUGAAGAAGGGGAAGAUGAUGUGGAGGCAGGGGUCAGGAAGCUGGGGAAAGUGAGGUUAUAUGGGAGGGUAGUCCAGAAGGAGUCUUGAUCAUUGACGAUCCGGAUACUCCGACGAUGAAUUCUUCUUCUUUGUCCUUACCAAGAACACUGAAUUCAACAUCAAAGUCUCGACCCCGCCGAGCGAACGCCUUGCCCAAGAUCGGCAUAACGACCUCGAUCCUCUCCUCACAUCUGCACGCUGCCUCGGCCUCUUCUUUCCCUCAAAACGAUUCCUUCUCGACAAGAAAUGCGACGGACAGGACUAGCACUCAUAAUUUCCCUAGAGAUCUCGACGCCGCGCAUGAAUACGCACUGGGUAGAUAUCCCGCCGGCUCGGGUCAGAUCCAGGUCGGGGAGAUUACGGGCAAGACACCGACGCAGAAUUCGUCAACAGGCAAGGAGAAGGAGCAGAGGGUCUUGAGGCCGGUGAACUUGGAACCGGGGAGAGCGGUCUGCGUUGUUGGGUACCUCGAGCUCUUUACUCCAGCGCACGAAGAGGACAAGGACGCUACGGACAGGAAAGGCCAGAGUGAGGAUGUAGAUGAUAACGAGGAGGAGAGCGCGAGCGCCAGCCAGAGAAGAAGAGCGUGGGAAGAAGUCAAGGGGAGAGGAUGGGUUGUGAACGCUCUGCAGGUCAUGAAUGUCCCUGUCUACGAACCUGUCGAGAGCGUUGGGGGUUCGAGUAUCAACUUGGAUACGCUAAGUGGCAAGGAGGUGAACGAGAGGAAGGGACAGAAGGAGGUAAAUGCAGAGGCAUCUUGGGGCAGGAGAAGCGGGUUGGAACGGUAUGACUAGACCUAUGAGUGGAAUAAUGCGGAGUCGGGUUGGUAGUGGGACUAUGCUCCAUCCAGACAGG